CGCGCUUGCAUUUGGCAGUGUAUGGUAGCAUUAAGCUUACUAGCCAAGAGAAAUGUUGUGUCAAUCUCGGCAACAGGUUCAGGAAAAACAAUGACCUUUUGGUUGCCUAUGUUGCGUGAAAAGGGGAUUACUUUCAUAGUGACUCCACUAAAGAGUCUUGGAAGCCAGCUGUCCGAUGAGUCCAUCAAGAAAGGGUUUCCAUCUGUGUCAAUCACCGCAGAACUGCUUGGUGAAAAGCCUGGACUGGUUAAAUUCCGUACAGUUGUCAUAUCACCCAAACUGAUAGUGGAUCCAUGUUUCAUGGCUCUUUGGCUUGACCCCCAAUUUCAGAAGAAGGUUGACCGUAUCUGCUUUGACGAAGCACAUUGUAUCAGUCAGUGGGGCCGAGACUUCAGAUCUGCUUACAUACAGAUAGGACGACUAUUCUCCAUACUCAGAGAUAGCGUCUCAUUCUUCUUCACCUCUGCCACCCUCCGCCAGCAUGUUCUAACAGACAUGCUGAAGAUUUCCGGUUUGCACUGCGGCACUGAAAUCAUCCGAAGAUCGAAUGAUAGACCGAAUGUUCACCUUUCCGUCCGCCCAAUGAAGUUUACACUCCAAAGCUGUUUUGAUCUGGCUUUCCUGCUUCCACUGGAUGCAAAGGUAGAUGAUCAGGCAUGGAUAGAUGCAAAUAUCUCACCGUUCUUGGUAUACUGCAAUUCUCGCGUUGAUACAAUACGAACCGCCAGAUUCUUGCGAUCUCGCUUGCCACAGAGUCACCGAGAUCGGGUUGUGUGGUAUCAUUCUGGAAUGUCAGACACGUUCAAAGUGGACGUUGAAGCGAAGUAUAAAUUGGGAAAAAUAUGGGGGAUUUGCUGUACAGAUGCCUGCGGUAUGGGUCUUGACUUACGCCAAGUGAAAGUCGUGGUUCAGUGGCGAGUUCCCAAGAGCCCCGAUACACUCGUUCAGCGCUUCGGUCGGGCAGGUCGUGACGGCUCCAUCCAAGCGAUUGCCAUCUUGAUUGCAGAGAAGGCUUAUUUC